AGCGCGCACGGAGAGCCAUGGCGCGGUCCCGCGGCGAUGUCCGCUUCUUCCUCCUCCUCCUCCUCUGCAGCUCCGCGGCGGCCGGACCUACGUUCCUUGUGGCAGUUCCCUGGAACAUCAGGCCUGGAGCAAACCUUACUGUUGGGGUAGCUCUGCUGCCGGACAGCCCAGCACAGGUCACCGUAAAGGGAGAAGUGAUCAGAGAUAACGAGACUAUCUUGAGCAGGGAAAUGGUCUUCGAGAAAGAUACCUUUGGGACUCUUGUUCUUCCAGUACUGCCUCUGAACAGUGCUUCUGGGAAUUACGAAUUACUGGUGGAAGGCCAUGCUGAUGGCCGGCGCAUCUUCUCUAACCGGACCAGCUUGAUGUACAUGUCAAAGAGCACCUCUGUAUUCAUCCAGACUGAUAAAUCUAUGUAUAAACCAGGACAAGAUGUGCUCUUCCGGAUUGUCACUGUCUACCCUGAUCUUAAACCUUACAAGGUGUCUCUGAAUAUAUAUAUCCGAGAUCCUCGGAGGAAAUUGAUUCAGCAGUGGUUGAUGGAGGAGGGUGAUUUGGGUGUAGUUUCCAAAAAAUUUCAGUUAUCAAUGAACCCUCCACUGGGAGACUGGUCCAUAGAGGUUGAAGUGAACGGUCAAGUUCAUUAUCAAAGAUUUAAAGUGAUGGAAUAUGUUUUACCAAAAUUUGAUGUCAUGAUAACAACACCCUUAUACUACUCUUUGAGAGAUGAAGAUGUAACUGGUGUUGUCUCUGCAAGGUACACGUAUGGAAAGCCAGUAAAGGGAACUGUAACAGUCACUUGCCUUUCUGUCUCUUACUGGACAAACAAGAGAAAUAUAACAAUAACAAUGGAGAUAAAUGGAUCUGUGAAUGUAACCUGUAACAAGCUUAUGUUGCAAAACUUGAAUGCUGAGCAGUCGUGGCACCAAGGUGACAGCGAUUACAUAGAGCCGAUAGAAAUGAUCGCAGUGGUGACUGAGUCACUCACAGGAAUCUCCCAAAAUUCAAGUACCAUCAUAUUUCCAAAGCAAAGUGACUAUUUUAUUGAAUUUCUAGACUACUCCAGAGUUAUAAAGCCUUCUCUGAACUUCAUAGCUACUCUAAAGGUGUCACGUUCUGAUAGCAACCAGCUGACAGCUGACGAGAGGCAGAAUCUUGUAACAAUCACUGCUCAACAGUCAGACCUGCUUUUCCAUCACUCUUCACUUUCUCAUCUGGAAAAUGAGGCAACAGAGGAGAGAAAUCUGACAGUCCAUGUCCUGAACUACACAGUCCCAGAAAAUGGAGUAAUUGAUGUUGAGUUUCCAAUCCUGUCUGAUACAAAAACUCUGAGAGUUCAGGCAGAGUUCCUCAGCAGUAAGACUGACAUAGGUGUUUAUGACGUGUUCAGUUCCCCCAGUCAGACUUAUCUCCAGGUUAAAACAAAGAGCCAGGAUAUAAAGGCUGGGAAGCCUUUUGAGCUGAGUAUUGCAAGCAACAAGCCAGUUAGAGAGUACCACUAUCUGGUAUUAUCUAAGGAACAAAUUAUGGCUUUUGGCACAAAGGCUACAGAAACAUUCUCUUUAACAGCAGAAAAUUCCUGGGCUCCUUUGAUAUCUAUACUUGUAUUCUAUGUAGAUGAGCUUGGAGUUGUUGUAAAUGAUGCUCUCACUGUCCCUAUCCAGCCUGCUUUGGAUGACAAGAUUAAAAUCUCUUGGAGCAAAGAUAAGGUCAAGCCAUCUGAGAAAGUCUCCCUUAAAAUCAGUACAACAGAGCCAGGAUCAGUAAUUGGACUUUCAGUUGUUGAUAGAAGUGCAAAGCUUCUGGGAGAAGGUAGUGACAUAACAGAAGAAUCUGUCCUCCAUGAGCUCAAUUUAUACAGCACAGUGCAGUAUUUCCCCCUGGUCAGAGGUUCUUCUGGUGUAUUUCAGAAAUGCAGCCUUUGGGUAUCAACUGAUGCAGUUCUUGAGGAGGAUAAGGAACAUUUUCUUUAUGGUGGAAUGAUACCUAUAGAGGAUGGUUUCGGUGAUGAUAUGCCGGUAUCUAAAAAUGGACCUCCUGAUUUCAGCAAUCUCUAUGUGAGGACACAUUUUCCAGAGACUUGGCUUUGGAUCGACACUGAAAUGAGAUCUGACACAGAAACCACAGUGGAUGCCAUUGUACCUGAUACCAUCACAUCCUGGGUAGCCAGUGCUUUUGUGAUCUCUGAAAACGGUGGGCUUGGAGUGACAACUGCCCCGGUGGAGCUAGAAGUUUUUCAACCUUUUUUCAUUUUCCUGAACCUUCCAUACUCCAUCAUCAGAGGAGAGCAGUUCAUUUUGGAAGUGAACAUCUUUAAUUAUUUGAAAGAAGAAGCUGAGGUUACUGUGAUCCUGGAUAUGAAUGAUGCUUUUGAAAUUAUUCUAACAUCCAAUGAAAUAAAUGCUACAGCAAAUCAACAGUCUAUAUCUGUACCAAGUGAAGAUGGGAAAACUGUUCAAUUUCCAAUCAAGCCAAAACAGCUGGGAGAGAUUCCUAUCAAAGUGACAGCAAUAUCAUCUGUUCCUUCUGAUGCUGUCAUCCAGAAAAUUUUAGUAAAGGCUGAAGGAUUGGAACAGACAUAUUCUCAGACAGUCCUUUUGGAUUUGACUGGGAAUAAACGACAAGUAGUGUCAAAAACUUUGGAAUUCACUUUUCCUUCGGAUGUUGUAAGUGACAGUGAGAGAGUGCAGGUCACUGCUGUUGGUGAUUUACUUGGGCCUUCUAUCCAUGGUUUGUCAUCAUUGAUUAAGAUGCCUUAUGGCUGUGGUGAACAGAAUAUGAUCAAUUUUGCUCCAAAUGUGUAUGUUUUGCAAUACUUGACUAAAACCAGGCAGUUGAAAGAGGAUAUUAGAUCAAAAGCUGUGUCGUUUCUGAGAAAAGGCUACCAAAGAGAGCUGCUUUUCCAGAGGGAUGAUGGCUCUUUUAGUGCCUUUGGAAAUGAAGAUCCCUCUGGGAGCACAUGGUUAUCAGCUUUUGUAUUGAGAUGUUUCCUUCAAGCUCGUCCAUUCUUAGAUAUUGACGAGGAUGUACUCAUGGAUACAGCUAAAUGGAUUGUCCGUCAUCAGAAAUUAAAUGGGGAGUUCCAGGAGCCUGGGAAAGUGUUACACAGUGAUCUUCAAGGAGGCACCAGUAAUCCAAUUACUCUCACAGCUUACAUCAUGUCAUCCCUCCUAGGGUUCCCAGAUAAACAGCAUGCUUAUGCCAUCAAGACUGCUACAAACUUUCUAGAAGAUAAAUUAGGUGAAGGCAUUUCAGAUAAUUACACAUUGGCACUUGUGACAUAUGCAUUGUCCUGGGCAAAAAGUACAAAAGCAAAGGAAGCACUGAAUAUGCUGAACCAGAGAGCAGAACACCAAGGAGAAUUUCGUUUCUGGGUAACACCUGCUUCUGAAAUUUCUGACUCAUGGCAGCCACGGUCCAUUGAUAUUGAACUUGCAGCAUACGCUCUGCUCUCUCACUUUCAUCAAGACAGAUUAGCUGAGGGGAUCCCUAUUAUGAAAUGGCUAAGUCAUCAAAGAAAUCACCUUGGGGGAUUUUCAUCUACUCAGGACACAGUGGUGGCUCUACAAGCCUUGAGUCUAUUUGCAGCUCUCACUGCAGCAAGCAAAACAGAAAUGGAUAUAACAGUGACAGCCCCUUCUUUGGAAGUGCCAGAAACAUUCUCAAUUGAUACUCGAAACCGUUUCCUGCUUCAGGCCAAGGAGAUUCCCCCUGCACAACAAAUGACAAUUACAGUGUCAGCGGAGGGAAUGGGAUUUGCUGUUUUUCAGCUCAAUGUUGUGUACAACACAAAACACACCGAUCAGAGGCUCAGAUCUGUCCAAAAUCAAGAAGCCUUUGACUUGAAUGUUGAUGUAAAGGAUGAUAGAGACGAUAAAAACCAUUUAACUUUGAAUGUGUGCACAAGGUACUUUGGCUCUGGCACGGCUUCCAGAAGUGGUAUGGUCCUCAUGGAGGUUGGCUUACUCAGUGGUUUCUCUCUGUCACCAGAUUUUGUUCCAUUAGACAAGACAGUUAAGAAGACGGAAAAAGACAAUGGAAAAGUCAACCUAUACUUAGACUCUCUAAACGAAACACAGGUUUGUGUGGAUAUUCCAGCUGUGAGAGACUUCAAGGUGGCAAAUAUCCAAGAUGCUUCAGUGACUGUAGUGGAUUACUAUGAACCUAGGAGAAGAGCAGUGAGAAGCUAUAAUUCAGAAGUAAUGCAAAGUAUAACCUCUUGUGACUUCUGUGAAAACGACUGCAACCUUUGCCACCGAGAUGGUUCUGCAGCCUUGCUUCAGCACUCUUCAUUGGCCUCCUUGUUCUGUGUGCUCUUUGUCCUUCAUGCAAACUUCCUGUGCAGUUGGGUGCUGUAAAAGGAAACCGAUUAUGUUUCACAUCUAAGGUUUCCAUAAAUUAUCCAAAGAAAAUUUUAUGUUCAGAUACCAGCCCGUCUUUAGUGAUUACCAUGACCAAACUCCUGCUGUGUUCAGGGAGAACUGGGCUGGCCCAUAUGGGAAAUUUCUGGCUGUGCCAGAAAACUUCUUUAAGUGUCUGCUGGGAAAACCUUUCCAAGUGGUAGUUUCAUACUGAACUUAUUUUCUGAAGAAGCACAGAAUUACUGAGAAAGCAGUGUGAUAAAAUGUAAACUUAGCUCCAUAUUCCCACUUUGUUUUUACCCCAGCUGUGCUUGUUUUUUAGGGAUGCAUGUUAGUUUACCAUGCUUUUCCAAAACACUAUCUGCUUCUCCAUUAGGGUAUUGAUAAGCAAUGAUAGGAGCUUGGUAUCAGAGCUCACUUUGUUCUGUUCUGAAGAUGUGACACUUAAAAUUAAUACUGAAUUUCUCUGUGUGCUCUCAUGGGACAUAAUAUGAAAAAAAAAAGGAGGAGCUGGCUUCAGAGCAGAUCCAAGAGCCAAAAAGUACUGCAUUUACAAACUGCUGAAUGCUCCAGAAAGUUGUCAGUCUUCUUUUUUUUUAAUAAUUAGAGAGAAGGUGGAUUUUUUUGUCAAUUCCUAAGCUAAUCCUGCUUGAAAAUAAGGCCUCAGGAUGUUCUCAUGCAUUUUACUCUGAAAGGCUUUUUACUGUAAAUGCAUCAGAGUGUUUUUCAGACUUCAUUUUUCCAGGGUUAUACAGAAACAAAUGCAAUUCUCCUUCCAUAUGAGAAUGCUGGUGUCAGCUGGCAUAUAUUUAUGGCCAGAUGAAGGAAGGUUGCUUUGAACGUGUUCUGGUUUUUGGAUGUCUUCUAGAAAUGUCACUCUGGGGCAUCAUUUUUGUCUUGCGCUUUCAGUGUCAUCUUGUCAACAGUUCGAGUGGCAUAAUCCCAAACAGUUGUUUACUGCUCUCAGUGCCAUGUGAGUUGGUGGCCCUGGAUGUGCACCCUGUUGCUGGUGGUGGGAGAGGCUUUUAGGAGGCAUGGGCUGCAUAAGCAUUCAGUCCAGCCAAACAAUUCACAUGCUUGCUUAACUUUAAGCGCAUCUAUGUGUGCUCAAGUGCUCUGCUGAAGUGGAAUGGAGGAGAGGGAUGGUGAAAAGUAGCAGGCAGUUUUACACCCAAACCUGCUCUUUGCACAUGGAGAGAAUUAGAGAUCUCUGUGGAUACGGAAAUGUGUGAGCUUGGGAGCUUAUUGCCCCUGAGUGAGUGUAUGAAUGCCUUCCCUGUCUGGCAGCCAAUCUGUCCUUCUUGAACACUAUCUGUAAUAUCUAAUGCUUACUUCUUUUUGAUAAAGCAGCCAAGCUGUUACACUCAUAGUUACUAAAAUGAAGUUAAUAGCUGUCAUGCUGACUAAAAGAGGUGGAAAUUAUAAUUUCUAUUGAUUUCCUUUCUUUCAUACUUUUUGAGACGGAGUGUGUUUUUGUGCACAUGUAAUAAUAUGGCAGCCACUUUCCUUGAGAAAUUUCUAAUUUUAUUCAAUUUUUGCUACUGCUUAAAAUGUAUAUUUUUGUAUUUGUGCUCAUCUAUAAUUGUUCACAAAGGAAAAUUUGCAUAGUAGCAUGGGAAGAGGCCUGAACUUCCUGAACUGCGAGUGCCUUCUAAUACCAAUGUAUAGAUUUUAACUGCAGAACUAGUUUAGAUGGGGUUAUUUGUUUUACUUCACCUGUUUUUGGAAUUUGCAAUGUUUUUCACAAACUUGGGGUUCUGUCCUAUUUCUCAGGCAGAGCUUAGGCCUCAUUAUUCAUGGCCCAUUCAAUGCUUUUUACUUGUCCUUGGUGUGUUUUGGAUUUAGCCUUUUGAGUAGUUAAUUAGUGCCUGAGCAGAGUGUGUGUGCUGCUCUAACCCACAUGAAGUAAUGUAUUUAUUGAAGCCAAACACACUGCUUAGUCAGUGAGCAGGGUCUCACCCUCUGUAAGCCAUGUAACUUGGUUAUGUGGGUCCAGAGCUAAGAGAAAUGAAGAUAACAGACUUAAAAAACAUCUCUGCAUCUCAAAUCCUUUAUUCAUUUAUGGGAGCCUAGAUCAAACUGUGCCAAGUGUAAGAUACGGAAAAAAUUCUCAUCUGAACUGGGAUGUGUUUUGCUGUGGGUUUGAUUUCUUGUGACCUAUGAAAGUUGGUCUUCUCUUGUCUUUGAGAACAGCAGACUUCACACGUCAUUUGCCUCCCUUUAAUAUAAUUUCAAGAGCCCAAAGCUCGCAUACUUCCAGCAGAGCUUCUAAUAGGCACAUUGGUACCUGAUUAAUCGUAGGAUAAAGGUGGAGAUAAAUUACUCCUUCGCAGUAGAUAGUAGGAAUAAAUUAGUUCUGUUUUGCAUGCAGUCCAAUAGUCCUGAAUAUUCUCCAAGAAAAACGGAUUUAAAUUGCUUAGUUGAGUUUUGGACAGUGCAGCUUUUACUAGUAUUCCCUUACAUUUGUUUUUGAGACAAACAACACAUGUUUUUAAAUGGCUUUUGGCUUCCUUGCACACUAUAUUAAGAACUAUCAGUCAUAAUGCACCAUGUCAGGGAAAUUGCUGGAGUCAGUGAAUAAACAUCCUCUUUUAUUUUACUUUUUUCUCUACAGCAGGCAUAUUAUGGCAGACAUCCAAAUCUGCAUCUGUAUCAAGCUAUUUUAAAAGAACAGUGUACAUUGUAUGACUUCAAACAAAUGUUUACACCAGGUGGCCUUUAACAUUCCUGCAUCAGUGCCUUCAGUCACUUUGCAAUAGUGGCUGGUGCUUUGAGUUGCAGAAAAUAAAAUUUAUGCUGUGUUGGCAGUGAAUGGAACAGCAGAAAUGGAAUAUUAUUUGGCAUAGUGACUUCUUUUCUUUCCUCAUCAUUGUGUGGGAACCUUUACACAAAUGCUCAGCAUAUAUAUUAUCCCCAUUGCUUCGUAACAUCCGUUUUGGAUGUUAGGGAGGCCAUGCUCACAGCGAAGUUAAUAGGAAAUCUUGUAGCAAAAAAUGUUUUUGAACUCUUUAGCAACAAGGUCUACAAGGAGCUUUAAGGAGUGAUGCUAAAAACAGUCAGGUAAAGGUGUUUUGUGGUGAAGCCUUCAUGUUGUAUUGCCUGAACAUUUCUGCUGUUUCAUUGAAAUCUGAAUGUGCUCUGGUACUUCCCAUGCCCUUUUCAGCCAUGUCAGAGGACAUGGUCUGUCCAGGGCUAGGACUGAGUCCAAAACUGAACUAUAAAGCAUUUUAACGGUAUUCCCCCCAAAUUCUACUUCUGCUGUCAUCCAUGAUCCUGGCUGAGAUUUCCUCUACAGGUUUUAAUGUGGGUGUCAUUUAGAGUUCAUCUAUACUAGAUGCUGUUUUACAGAACAGGGAAUGAGUGUUACUUAACAGGUUUAGAGCACUUCACAGUCUGCAUGCUGGGCCAGCUCUGUGGCUGGUUUGGUUCCCAGCAUGGCACCACCAUAGAAUCAUUUAUGUUGGAAAAGACCUUUAAAAUCAUUGGGUCCAAUCAUUAAGCUGGCAUUGCCAAGUCCACCACUAAACUGUGUCUCCAAGCGCCACAUCUAUAUGCCUUCUAAAUACCUCCAGGGAUGGUGACACCACUUCUUCCACUGGCAGCCUGUUAUGAUGCUUAACAGGGAAGAAAUUUUUCCUAAUAUUCAAUCUAGAACUCCCCUGGCACUAGUGUCAAACACAAGCAGUGCAGGUAUUCCCAGUUUGCUUCCAUACCACAUGCUCCCGUUCACAUCACAAGCAGGAGCUUGUGGCUUGUGCACAUCAGUGGCAUGAUAAAAGGGGGAAGUGCCAGACUGGUGCAGGAGAAGCAUGAGGGCCAGAUCCAGUGUUUAUA